GUCUCUGUGUGUGUGUUAUUUUUACCGAAGCAAACAGAUAAUCCGUAAUUCAUUGGAUGAAAACUCGGAAGUCUAAAUUGAAAAAGCUCCAAUUUUUCAAAGCUCGAAAUUGCAGCUCAAAUAUGCAACUAGACUAGGCGUAUAUGGGUUUGCCGAGAUUUAAGCGUCCAACGGGGGAAUGUAGUGAAUCAAGUUCCAACCUUUAUGUGGCUAACUGUGGGCCAGCAGUAGGGCUCUCGUUUGACACUAUUGCUUUUGUGUUUGGCACAUAUGGUGAGGUCAGGGGAGUUUAUCCAGCUGAUGAAAGUGGCACUCGUGUCAUUGUAUCUUAUCAUGAAGAGAGUGCUGCCCAAUCAGCACUGAAAGCAUUGGAUGGGCAUCCAUGUCCUGAACUUGGAGGACGUUCUCUGCAUAUUCGCUACUCUGUACAAUCAAUUGCCAAGGUUCAAGUCAAUGACUCAUCUGUUGUGUCUUUGGAAGCUUCGGAGUUGAAAAUUCCUGGUCUUUACUUGAUUCAUGACUUCAUCACUGCUAAAGAAGAGGAGGAACUCCUCGUAGCUGUUGACAGUAAACCUUGGCAAAAUCUUGCAAAAAGAAGGGUUCAACAUUAUGGUUUUGAGUUUCAAUAUGAUAUCAGAAAUGUUAACACAAGCCAGUUCUUGGGUGAACUUCCACAAUUCGUUUCUCCAAUACUCGAAAGACUAUCCUCCUUUCAAAACCUGGGUUACACUGGAAGUGUUGUUCUGGACCAGUUAACAGUUAAUGAAUAUCCACCUGGAGUGGGGUUGUCUCCACAUAUAGAUACCCAUUCUGCAUUUGAGGAACCAAUUUUCAGUCUUUCAUUAGCAGGGCCUUGUGUAAUGGAGUUCAGAAAGUAUUCAACAGGUGUCUGGCCGACAAACUCUGAAUCAAUAUGUGAUGGCGAGAUUCAAAACUCUGACAAGACCUCUAAUUUUUUGAGGAGAGCUAUUUAUCUUCCCCCACGAUCAAUGCUAUUAUUGUCUGGGGAGGCACGAUAUGCUUGGCACCAUUAUAUUCCGCACCACAAGGUUGACAUUGUGAAAGACAAUAUAAUUAGACGGGCAUCAAGGAGAGUGUCAUUUACAUUGCGCAAGGUCAGGGAGGGACCUUGCCAGUGUGAAUUUGCUGCAUACUGUGAUUCUCAGAAAUGAUAUGCAGAAUAAGGGGAAGGUUCGAGAAAACUUUCAUGUUUGAUUUCACAAGAGUAAUUUCCAUGGAAAAACGCACAUGUAAGAGUUUGACAGGGCUAAAGGAGAUGCUGUUUGAACUUUGGAGAGCAUCAGAGCCCAAACCCUCAAUACAAUAGAGUGAGUUAUCAUGACUUCUUUUGGCAACAAAUGUAGUAACAUUAACAAUUACGGAGUACUUCAUUUUAACUACUGUAACAAUCUGCUUACUCUUUUAUCCAAGAAGAAUCAAUGUAAACACAGUUUGGCAUAUGAGAACUGAAAGCCAACUCCAAAUUUUGAAAUACAAAUGCAUUCUUAGCCAAAA